AUGGGAAUUGGUCAUGACAACUUGGAGCACAGGACCCAGAGGCAACUCUGUUUAUGCCUCGCUCAGUCUUUUUCUUCCCUCACCCAGCACUCCUUUUUAUUUAAGGACCAGAAAAAGGCAGGUGUUACAGGUGAGAAGAAAUUUCAGAGAGAAAUAUUUGCAAGUUCAGAUUGUGAAAUGAGGGAGCAAGUAAGGGAGAAAUGGAGGAAGGCAGCAAGGGAGGGAGAACUCGAGAGGGAGAGGGAUGGGGAGAGAGAGAGAGCAGCGGGGAGAUUAAGUGUUGACCUGACCAAGUGUGCUUUCAUUCAAGGAAAAAAGAUGUUCACCAAGCCCACAAAUGCUGGCUUUCCCCUUAGCCAUAAUGUCAGUAGGCACUGGGCCAGCCUCUCAGUGGUUGCAAACAGGAUCCCCACCCCACAGACCACUGUGAGGGAGAAGGCUUUGUGUGUCCCAGAAAACCCAAACACCAGUAUUGGAAAUCAGGGCCAGAUUGAGAUGUCCAUCGAUGAAGUGUGUCGAGACACGGUGUUACAUUGCUGCAAGACAUUUCUGGAGCAUGGCGGAUUAAAUCUGCUAAUAAGCAUGACGGUUAUUAAUAACAUGCUUGCCAAGCCGGUUUUAGACCUGAAGUUUCCUUUGAUAUCCGAGGGCAGUGGAUGUGCAAAGGUUCAGGGUUUGGAAGCACUGCUGGGUUUGUCUGAGAAGCCAGUGUUGGCUGGGGAAGUGCUGGCUGCCCAAAUGCUGUUCUCCUUCGUGCUCCCGUUUAUGAGAGGUGGGAACAGAGAGAUGCUCUUGGAGGCCUUUAGAGAGAUGCUCGUGGAAGCCCUCUCCACAUAA